AUACCCAUUAACAGCAAUCACCAAUAAGUAAUGGAACUACAAUCAUCAUGGGCUACUUUCUUUGCCGUCGUGCUUGCCACCGUCGUCUUCCUCCUCCGGGCCGUUCUGCUCCGCCGCCGCCGAGCUUACAAGCUGCCACCAGGACCAAAGCCAUGGCCGAUCAUCGGCAACCUGAACCUCAUCAGCUCGCUGCCGCACCGCUCCAUCCACGAGAUAUCCAAGCGCCAUGGCCCCAUCGUGCAGCUCUGGUUCGGCUCCUGCCCCGUCGUCGUCGGCUCCUCCGUCGAGAUGGCCAAGCUCUUCCUCCAGACCAACGACGCGGUGUUCGCCGACCGCCCCAGGACCGCCGCCGGCAAGUACACCGCCUACGACUGCACCGACAUCACCUGGUCGCCCUACGGCGCCUACUGGCGCCAGGCGCGCAAGAUGUGCGCCGCCGAGCUCUUCAGCGCCAGGCGGCUCGAGUCGCUCGAGCACAUCCGCCACGAGGAGGUGCGCGCGCUGCUGCGCGAGCUGCACGGCUCCGGCGCGGCGGGGAACGCCGUGCAGCUCAGAGACCACCUGUCAAUGGCGGCGCUCGGCGUGAUCUCGCGCAUGGUGCUCGGAAAGAAGUACGUCGAGAAGCAGCCGGCAGGAGGCGGAGCGGCGAUGACGACGCCGGAGGAGUUCAAGUGGAUGCUGGAGGAGCUGUUCCUGAUGAACGGCGUGCUCAACAUCGGCGACUUCAUCCCAUGGCUGGAUUGGCUGGACCUGCAGGGGUACAUCAGGAGGAUGAAGAAUGUGAACAGGUUGAUACACCGGUUCCUGGACCGUGUCCUCGACGAGCACGACGAGCGACGGCGGCUACAGGGGGAUGGCUUUGUGGCCAGGGACAUGGUGGACAUUCUCUUGCAGCUCGCCGAUGACCCUAACCUCGACGUUCAGCUUACCAGGAAUGGUAUCAAGGGUAUUACCCAGGACCUUGUCACUGGUGGUGCGGACACCAGUACGGUGACCGUGGAAUGGGCCAUGUCGGAGGUCCUGAAGAAUCCGGCGAUCCUCGCCAAGGCCACCGAGGAGCUAGACACCAUCGUCGGCGUCGGCCGCUUGGUGACGGAGGGUGACAUACCACACCUCCCCUACAUCCACGCCAUCAUGAAGGAGACGAUGCGUAUGCACCCGGUGGUGCCGCUGCUGGUACCCCGGAUGUCCCGUGAGGAUGCCUCCGUCGCCGGCUACGACGUCCCCGCUGGCACGCGCGUGCUCGUCAACACGUGGACCAUCGGCCGCGACCCGUCGGUGUGGGACUCGCCUGAGCAGUUCCGGCCGGAGCGGUUCGUGGGGAGCGGUAUCGACGUCAAGGGGCGCGACUUCGAGCUGUUGCCGUUCAGCUCAGGCCGGAGGAUGUGCCCCGGGUACAACCUCGGUCUCAAGGUCAUCCAGCUCACCCUCGCCAACCUGCUGCACGCCUUCUCCUGGUGCCUCCCCGACGGCGUCACCGCCGGCGAGCUGAGCAUGGAGGAGAUCUUCGGGCUCACCAUGCCACGGAAGAUCCCUCUCCUCGCCGUCGUCAAGCCCAGGCUGCCAGACCAUCUCUAUGCCGAGCCUUAAUGACGCGCCAUGCGUUGCAUGCAUGGAUGUACGUCUGUUGGUGUCUAGUUUGAUCGAGGUCAUUGCGUCUUCUGCAUUAAUUCCUGGAAGCUAUAGGCUCCAUUUCAAGGAUAUAUAUAACUCCCUAGUGCAUAGUUGCGAUGAUUUACGAAUAAUAGCACUAGAAUGGUUUCGUAUUGUAGUACUGCAAGAUGCAAGCUUAAAAUGUUGUCACCAGCGCUAUGGAUGUAUGAUAGUAUGUCCUAUGUUGGGACGGACAUAUCCAGUCCCUCCACCCUGCUAAAUAAAAGGGAUUCUAUGUUUGCCAUAAGUUU